GGGAGGUUUAAGCUUUUGGUGGGUGGGUCCUCUGCGCGCUCCCGGUGAUACGGUGUCGUUGCACUGAUCCGUGGGCUGCAGGGAUUACCGGAGGAGGCUCGGAGGGUGACAUCGCUUCCCUGCUGCGUUUGUCGACGGUCGGAUCGGAAUCAUGAGCGUGGGAUUCAUAGGCGCCGGGCAGCUGACCUACGCCCUGGUGAGAGGCUUCACUGCAGCAGGAGUGUUGGCUGCGCACAAGAUAACCGCCAGCUCUCCUGACACGGACCUCCCAACUGUGGCUGGUUUAAGGAAACUUGGCAUCAAUUUCACCACCAGCAACAAGGACACGGUGAAGAAUAGCGAUGUUCUGUUCCUGGCCGUCAAACCGCCCAUCAUCCCUUUUGUCCUGGACGAAAUUGGCUCCGACAUCGAGGACCGUCACAUGGUUGUGUCGUGUGCUGCCGGUGUCACCAUCAGCUCCAUCGAGAAGAAGCUGACCACCUUUCAUCCAGCUCCAAAGGUGAUCCGGUGCAUGACUAAUACCCCCGUCAUCGUGAGGGAAGGGGCCACGGUUUAUGCCACAGGGACCCAUGCCGAGGUGGAGGACGGCAGGCUGUUGGAGCAGCUGAUGCAAAGCGUGGGCUUCUGUACAGAGGUGGAGGAGGAUCUGAUUGAUGCCGUCACCGGUCUUAGUGGGAGUGGACCUGCCUACGCCUUCACAGCCCUGGAUGCUCUUGCAGAUGGAGGGGUAAAAAUGGGACUUCCUAGACGCCUAGCUGUUCGUCUCGGUGCCCAGGCCAUGCUGGGUGCGGCAAAAAUGCUUCUGGAGUCCGAGCAGCACCCUGGACAACUGAAGGACAAUGUGUGCUCUCCUGGAGGGGCCACCAUCCAUGCUCUUCACUUUCUGGAGAGCGGAGGAUUCCGAUCCCUGCUCAUCAAUGCAGUGGAAGCUUCAUGCAUCAGAACCAGGGAGCUCCAGUAUAUGGCAGACCAGGAGAAGAUCCCUGCAGGCUCGAUUAAGAAGACAACCCUAAGCAAAGUGCAGCAGGAAUCCCCCACAAUCUCAACAGCAGCCCCAGGAGCUAAAGUCAGUCUCUUCAACAACAACAAGUACUCCUCGGGGGUCAAGAAAUUCUGAGCAAGCCGGCAAGAACCCUACAAGAACCAAAGCAAAACCAUAACAGACCGUAUGCGUGGUGGUGGGGGGAGGGUGUUUUUUAUUAUUAUAAAUAUAAAGUAGAUUUUUAAAGCAUUUCAACCAAUUUACCCCAAGUUCAGAUUUGAUCCGAUGCUUUAAAAAGUGCAAAUUACGUUUUUAUUUUGGUCCAUUUAAGGAAAAUUGCAAGAUCUCGAAGUUUAAAAGCAAAUAAUUAUGGCGCUUCUAAAGGGGUCAUUGAAGGAGUGAAUGUUCCUUCAAAGACCCCUGAAGGAGACGAUCCUUUUGGUUUUGGUAAAAUGUAAUGUAUACUGUAAAAAAAACAAUGUGCUGUCUUGAAGUUCUGGAAGCUGUGGCUGUGAUAAUGUUUUUAUAACGGUUAUCUGUCUUACUGCCUAUUAAAACGCCACCAAAUGGUCUGUCUGUA